AUGCUCCAACGUUUAGCUGCGGUGAUCGCUCUGUGCGCGGCAGGCUCUCAGGCCUGGCAAGGUAAUGUAGUGGCAACGUAUGAACGUGCCCUCCAGGGAGGCUGCACGCCAUCGACCGAUUCGAAAAUCCGUCUACUGUCUGGCACCUCUGGCGAGUGCGUGACUCUGGGAACGGACAAAGGAGUCAAAAACUGCGAUCAAUAUAGGUGGGACGGCACGAGGGCCAUCGAAGACGGAGGUGGCUGUCAGGGCAAGGACAGCUUCUACCCUUACGCUGCAGGUUAUCUGGAUGACGACAAUGUGGGCCUCAAAUGCGAAUUUUUCAGUCAAGCUGAGUGUGGAGGAAGUGCACUCGCCUUUAAGCCAAUUCGCGAGCAGUGUGCUGAUGAUGAUGCCCUAUAUGCGGGGGUCAAUGGUGACACACAAUUGCACUCUUUCAAAUGUAAAAAGCCGUGA